GAUUCCCGCUCCUACUUGAAGAUCCCUUCACGUCCUCGGCCACUUCUCUCCGUUCUCUCUCAACAUUCACCACACUCAUGUUCCCACAAACAUCCCACUCAUGCUCCGCCGGGCUAACCCUCGUCCCAGGAAGAAGGUGGCCAUCGUUGGCAGCGGCUGCGCCGGGAUCGCGGCGCUGUGGGCGCUGAACCGCAGCCCUCACGAUGUCUACAUCUACGAGGCCGCUGACCGCCUCGGCGGCCACACCCGCACCGUGGAGUUUGUCAAGGGGAAGUACCGGGCCAUGGUGGACACGGGCUUCAUCGUCAUGAACACCGAGACCUACCCGAACUUCCUCAACUUCCUCAGGCACAUCGGCGUCGACACGGCGCUCACCGAGAUGAGCUUCUCCGUGUCCCGGGACCAGGGUCUGUUUGAGUGGGCCGGGACGAGCCUCGGUGCAAUUUUCUGCCAGCGGAGGAACCUUUUCUCGCCCACGAUGUGGCAGAUGAUCCUGGACAUUGUCCGCUUCAACAAGUUCGCAUUGGAUGUCUUGAUAGACGAUGACGUGGGCGAGGAGUCGAUUGGAGAGUAUCUAGACCGAGAGCGGUACUCGAACGCGUUCCGCGACAAUUACCUGCUCCCUCUCGCGGCAGCCGUCUGGAGCACGGCGCCGGACAAGUGCGCACUGGAGUUUCCGGCUGCGACUCUGAUUCGGUUCAUGUGGAACCACCAUCUGCUUUCUACCCUUGCGCGGCGGCCGGCGUGGCUCACCAUCGCGACGGGCGCCAAGACUUACAUCGACAAGGUCAUGAAGGGCUUCCCGCCUAACCACGUACGACUCAACACGGCCGUGACCGCGCUCACGAACGAGCCUGACGGACGCGUGCGCCUGCACACCGGCGACGGCAGUUCCGAGCUCUUCGACCACGUCAUCUUGGCCACGCACGGCGACCAGGCGUAUUCCAUCAUCCGCGACUCGGCGACCGAGGAGGAGCGGGCCGUCUUGUCAAGCUUCCAGACGACGCAGAACGUCGCGGUGCUGCACUCGGACUUGUCGCUGAUGCCCCAGUCCCGCAAGGCCUGGUCGAGCUGGAACUACCUCACUGAGUCCAAGUCCUCGCCGUCGCUGGCGGGCGAGCGCGGCGUCGACAAGGUCUGCGUCACGUACAACAUGAACAUCCUGCAGCACAUCCCGCGCGAGACGUUCGGCGACGUGCUGGUCACGCUCAACCCGCUGCACGACCCGGCCCCGGAGACGGUGCAGGGCUGGGUGGUCUACCGACACCCGUUGUACACGCCAGAGGCGGUCCGCGCCCAGCAGCGGCUGGACAGCAUCCAGAAUAAGAGGGGCAUCAGCUACGCGGGCGCCUGGACCAAGUACGGCUUCCACGAGGACGGGUUCAGCAGCGGCCUGCGCGUGGCGGUGGAGCACCUCGGCGCCAAGAUCCCGUUCGAGUUCAAGGACUCGACCUUCAGCCGCGGGGUGACGCCGCAGCUGACGAUCCGCGACAGGAUCAUUCGGUGCAUCAUUUUGCUGGUCCAUAUCUUGUUCAUCAGCGCCCUGGACUUGCUGUCGGGGAGCUGGGCCGGGGCAUCGACCACGCGGCGCCUGGCGAGCAGGGUCAACGGGCCGGCUGGGACCAACGGACGGCUGCAUAAGAAGGAAUGUUGAAGUAUUUGGUAGAUCGACGCAGGAGCGGCUUGGAAACAGCAGACGUGUCUAUAUUUACUGGCAAAUAUCAUAGAUAUGUCGCAUCUUCCCGCCCCCUUUUGCGCCACUUCUGCGUGUAAGUGAGACGGAGCC